CAAAAGUUCAAAACUAAUGCCAACCGUUUAUUUUUGUUCUCUUGUUAUCUUUUCUCUACUCUCUUGCAAGAGAGGGAGUUGAAAGGAAGAAGAAAGAAGGUGAGAAACACCCCUACUUUCCAAUGAUUUCUUCAUCUUUACACUCCUCCUUUCAUGGCUCUUCUCUUCAAUUUCCUCUUUUUAAUCAAUACCCAAAGAAAUUCCAAUCUACAAUUUUCAUUUCCCAAAUUAAAUCUCAAAAAAGCUUAGUUUCCAAUCAUGUUAACAGUCCUCCUUCUGCUAAACUCACCCAAAAAUAUUGUGUACCUUUAGCUAUUUCAUUAGUCCUUUGCUGGUCAACUCCAGCUCAAGCAGGGUUUUUGUCUGGCUCUACUGGAAUUGAAUCUAUUCCAGGUCCUGAACUUCCUAAUAUUGAAUUCCUAGAUCGCUUUAAUGAAGAGAACCAAAAAAAGUACGCUGAAAAUGAUGAGAGAAUCAAGUCAUCCCCUAUCAUCAAAGAGCUACUUGAGCGAUCCAAAAAGAAUAAGGAGAAGAACAAGCAAGAAAUAUUGGACAAGUAUUGCUUACGAGGAGCAGAGUGGGGAGUUGGAGAUUGCUCUACCGAAGGAAUGACAGCAGAGGAAAGAGAUACUUUCAUAGAAACGCUCAAGCAGAAGAUUGGCACCAAAUGAUUGAUUUUUUUUUUUUUUAAGAGAAAAAAAAAGUUCUUUUUGUAAGCCGUUAAUUAGCUAGUCAUGAUCCAUGUACACAAAAUGUUAAAGUUUUACUCUUGUUUGAUCUCAUUUGAAUCUAAUUUUCAUGGAAGUGUUCUUAUAAAAAUUACUCUGUUAUAACU